CUUGUUGGUUAAUUCAAUUACCACAUAGAUUGCAGCACAGGAUUACAUUGCAGAGAAGAAAAAGUUUGAAAAACAUAUACAAAUGGUAGAGAGUGAAUGUACUAAGCUGAAGAAAGAACUACAAGAACAGCAUAAAGAUAUUCAGUAUCUUACACUAGAAUCUAACCGGAGUCACGAGACGGCACGAAUCGCCACAAGAGAAGUUGAAGCAGUAAAACAAGAGCUUAUAGAAGAGCGCAAAAAUGUUGAACGAAUUAAAGAGAAUUUUAUUAGAGAUAUUACAUUCUCCGAUUCAAAAGCUAUUGUCGCCGAGGCAAAACUGAGUGAUCUUCAAAGAAAAACAAAAUUGAGAGAUUAUAAGGCAUGCACUAUAUGUCUGACUAAUGAGAAGGACAUGGCAUUUGGGUGUGGACACAUGACUUGCAGAGACUGUGGAUCAAAGUUAUCAAAGUGUCCAAUAUGUCGUGAGCAGAUCACAAGUCAUAUUAAGUUGUUUUCUUUAAUUGGACCAGCAUUGGGAGGUUAUUUGGCUCAGCCAGCAGUGAAAUACCCUCAUCUAUUUCCAAAAGACUCAUUUUGGGAUAAGUUUCCAUAUUUCUUGCCUUCCUUGUCAGUAUCAGCUUUUGCAUUUGUGGUAGCAAUUGCAUGCAUCUGGCUUCCGGAAACACUUCACAACCACCCUCUAAGCAAUGAGUCUAUUGAUGAUGCUGAAGCUUUAGAAACUGGAAACAUAAGUAAUGACGACGACAAAAUAAUCCAAAAAGAUGAAAACCUCUUCCUGAACUGGCCAUUAAUGUCAUCUAUUAUUGUGUACAGCAUUUUCUCACUUUAUAAUGUUGCUUAUCAAGAGGUUUUCUCAUUAUGGGCUGUUAGUCCUGGAAGGUUUGGUGGUUUGAACUUUACAACUGAUAAUGUAGGCGAUGUUCUCGCAAUAUCAGGUAUUGGUCUUAUUGUCUCCCAGCUUUUCCUCUACCCUUCAUUGGAAAGAGCUUUCGGACCUAUAAAAUUUGCUCGCAUCUCCGCAGUUUUAUCAAUACCUCUGUUGCAAAGUUACCCCUUCAUAGCAAUGCUUUCUGGCAUUACGCUAUACCUAGUUAUUAAUAUUGCUUCUCUUCUGAAGAAUGUUCUAAGUAUGACGAUAAUCACUGGUUUAUUUAUUAUGCAAAAUAGAGCCGUGGAACAACAUCAAAGAGGGGCAGCUAAUGGCAUUGCUAUGACUAUAAUGUCAAUAUUCAAAGCAAUCGGUCCAGCGGGAGGUGGUGCAGUGUGA